CCAUAUUCGUCACGGGGGAAGGAGCACGAUGGCCGGCCGCGGGGAAUGCCAGACGAAGAACACCAAGGACUACGACAACGAGGAUGAGCUGAAUGAGGCCCCGUCCAAGGUGCUCGACGAAGGUGACAUUGCGCUCCUCAAGACGUACGGCCUCGGGCCCUACACGCGCGCGAUCAAGUCGGUCGAGGACGAUAUCAAGAAGGUCCAGCAGAGCGUCAACGACCUUGUGGGCAUCAAGGAGAGCGACACGGGCCUCUCGCUGCCGUCGCAGUGGGAUCUCGUCAGCGACAAGCAAAUGAUGCAGGAGGAGCAGCCGCUCCAGGUCGCGCGCUGUACCAAGAUCAUCAACGCUGGCGAAGACGACGCCAAGUACAUGAUCAACGUCAAGCAGAUCGCCAAGUUUGUCGUUGGCCUUGGCGAGAAGGUUGCGCCCACGGAUAUCGAAGAGGGCAUGCGCGUCGGCGUCGACCGCACCAAGUAUGCGAUCCAGAUCCCGCUGCCGCCCAAGAUUGAUCCGACGGUCUCGCUCAUGACGGUCGAGGACAAGCCCGACGUCACGUACGACGAUGUCGGCGGCUGCAAGGAGUCGCUCGAGAAGCUGCGCGAAGUCGUCGAGCUGCCGCUGCUGCACCCCGAGCGCUUUGUGAGCCUCGGUAUCGACCCGCCCAAGGGCGUUCUUCUUUACGGCCCGCCCGGUACGGGUAAGACGCUCUCGGCGCGCGCUGUCGCCAACCGCACGGACGCGUGCUUUAUCCGCGUCAUUGGCAGCGAGCUCGUCCAAAAGUACGUUGGUGAGGGUGCGCGCAUGGUCCGCGAGCUCUUCACGAUGGCGCGCUCCAAGAAGGCGUGCAUCGUCUUCUUUGACGAAGUCGACGCGAUCGGUGGCGCCCGCUCCAGCUCGGAGGAAGGCGGCACCGACAACGAAGUCCAGCGCACGAUGCUUCAGAUCGUCACGGAACUCGAUGGCUUCGACCCGCGCGGCAACAUCAAGGUGCUCAUGGCGACGAACCGACCCGACACAUUGGACCCGGCGCUCAUGCGUCCGGGCCGCUUGGACCGGAAGGUCGAGUUUAACGUGCCGGAGCUGGAAGGCCGCACGCAGAUCCUGCAGAUCCACGCCAAGAGCAUGAGCUGCGACCGCAACAUCCGCUUUGAGCUCAUUGCGCGCCUCUGCCCCAACACGACGGGUGCCGAGCUCCGCAGUGUGUGCACAGAGGCCGGUAUGUAUGCGAUCCGCGCCCGCCGCAAGUCGGUGAGCGAGAAGGACUUUCUCGAGUCGGUCAACAAGGUCAUCAAGGGCUACCAAAAGUUCUCGUCGACGCCCAAGUACAUGGUCUACAACUAGGCGCGACGACCCAUUGUAGUUCCAACUCAACAUGCUAUCAAGUGCUUGCGUUGUGCUAUCAUCUCAGA